UGUUGUUCGAAAAACACCAGCGCCACUUCUUAAAUUUCAGUUGGUAUAAAUAACGUUUUCAGGUUGCUUUCUAUAAACUUUUAGUCAAGUGCAUCAGAAAAAUUACAAUGAAAUUAAUUGGAGCUAUUGUUUUCAUUCUGAGUGCAUCUCAAGCAAUUGCAUUGUGCACUGAUUUGACAGGGACAUGGAGAAAUCAAUUAAAUUCAAAUAUGACUAUAGAGAGUGUCACUGGUGAUGUUUUCACAGGAACUUACCAUACUGCUGUUGAAAGCACUCAAGGAGCUGCCAGAUUAUCUUCAAAAAUUUCGGGUAUGAUAAAAACAGUUGAAAAUGGAAAACUUGUUGGAUUUAACGUACUUUGGAACAAAGGAGCUUCUUUGACAGCGUGGGUCGGAGAGUGUAUUGUUUGUGGUGGAAGGGAAAAAAUCUUCACAACAUGGGUUUUGCGUUCUUAUCAACCAGUUAAAAAAAGAUGGAUGACUACCAGAAUCAACCAGGAUACAUUUUGGAGAUUAGAGAGUGCAGUAGAAGAGGCAAAUCAAGUUCUUCAAAGCUCUGUGAGAGACGGUUCUGUAUCAUCUUCAGGACUUCAAGGAAAGUGGAGAUCUAACUCUGGAGAUUCUUUCGACAUUACUGAGGUUCAAGAGCAGGGCACUUGGAAAGGCACGCACAAUGGGGAUGGACAAAAUGGAGUGGUGGCAGCUGGAAGAUUCGAUGGCAACCAAACAUAUACAGCUCUUGGUUUCAUUGCUGCAUCAUCCAACAAAAUUAGAGGUUGGACUGGCCACAUUGAUGAUCCUCAAUCAACAGUUACGAAGGUCUUAGAAACUUCUUGGCUGGAGCACACUUUCAACCAAAACUGUAAUAAUCCGAGAAAAUUUGUUAACUUUGGUAUUGACAACUAUUCCAGGUCUUAAACUCGUUAAGCAGGUGAUUUGUUUGAUAUUUGAAAUUGUCACUAUUACUGCAAAAACUUGUAUGUUUUUUGAAUAAAAUACAUUUUUUUCAUA